AAAAAAGGCGAAAAUAUUCUUGGGGUGCCGACCGACGGCUCCUGUCUCUUUUUCUAUUUUAUAUACUAUUCACAAAGUGUGUUCGUUUGCAAAAAUGAGAGCUUGGCAGAUUCCACGCAAGGUUAUGAACAAUGCAGUCGAGUGGAGGACAAGCUCGCUGUCUGCAGAAGAUUUAUUUGCUGGACUCAGUUUAAUUUUGAUAGCAGUAUUUGCAAUUUCACUGUACGCAAUUAUGAUGAAGAUCAUGAAGAGACAAGACAAGGAAAUUGUUGGAUAUCGAUUUUUGAUAUCUGCAGGAUGUUCGGAUUUAUUAUUACUUUUUAAUUAUGGCAUAUGGCCUGGUUUAACGAUAUUGUUCAAAUCUGAAAUUAUACCACAGAGCUGGAGGACGUGGCAGCAGUUAUACCUCGAUUGGGCUUGGUUCUCGAUGGUUUCUCACUAUUCAGUCGUGAGCUGGUCACGAUGGAUGGCUAUUCGAAAGCCUUUAAACUUUCGAAAUCAAAAGCGCAAGACAUCCUACUCAUUGUGUGCUCUCUGUUAUCUGGUGGCACUUAUUCUGGUUCUCUCCACACAUUUUCAAUCAUGGUACGUAACAUUUUACUACGAACCAUCUUCAUAUGGAAUGCUGGCUGAGAACUUUCCUCUGUACUUGUCAGGAGGACAAUCUGCACUGUUUCUUGCAAUACAUAUUGCUGCCAUACUUCCUCCAAUUGUUUUCUAUGGAUGGUCGAUCACUCUUCUAUAUCGAAGGAGGGCUACAAUGUUGUUGGUACACCAGCAUUCAGUUCAGAACACCAUUGAAACAAGAUUACUGAUGCCAUGUCUGAUCAAUGUUGUCACAUUCAUAAUUGGUCAAGUUUUAAUAACAGUUGGAACUGGCGAAGGAAAAUGGGCUGGCUACACUGUCAUGGUUUUAUUUGCUGCAAACUCUGCUUUGAACCCAUUCCUGCUAUUGAUUUGUUCGAAAACAUUGAGAAAACAAGUGCUUGAUCUACUCGGUGUUGCCAAAAUUGCUACGUUCGACAAACUAGAAACUUCUACUGUCUACAGAAACAUUCAUGCCGUUAACAAAGACUAUUGUUCUUCAAAACUCGUUGGUCCUGAAUCUGGAUCUCGACGGUUUUUGAGUCUCCCUACUUUUCGAUCAAAAGAAGAUCUUAGAUCCUCCGGAACGCCAGUUUAAUUUGAACCUCUAGCAUGCCACUUUUGAAUUUCUGAAUGCUUUUCUAUUUCAAACAGAUCCGAAUCUGUUAUAAUCAUAAUUUAUCGAUUUGAUUUCUAAUGCUAAUUAUUUCCAGCGGGUAGCCGAUCAUUUCACUUUCUUUCUCAACGAGUAAAUCUCACUUUUUAUUUUUUAGAUCUCUAUGUUAUAUGUUGCAAAAUGUCGAAUCAAUAAAUGAAAAUUUAAAUAC